AUGCUCUUCGGCUCCUACGCCACUGGCAAGGCAACGCCACGGUCGGACAUUGACCUGGCGACGCUUGGCAUUGUCGACCGCUACCGACUGGGACGACUGGCUCUUGACUUGGAGGACUUGCCCAUUCCUCAGAAAUGCGAUGUCCAAGCUUAUGAAAGCAUUAACUACGAGCCACUUAAGCGCCACAUAGACGAAAGGGGUAUCACAAUCUACGAGAAGCGACUUGCGUAG